AUGCCUAGUCGCCCGUCAUAUGGCUUGCGUAUGAGGAAACAGGUGGUGAUCUUCACUCAGCCAAACUCAUCAGAUCUUGGAAGCUUUCUACAACCGAGAUAUGUCAAUUUGCCGCAGUUCGCCGAAAUAUUCGAAAUGGAUGUCUAUGGUUUCGAUUAUUCGGGGUACGGGUAUUCAACAGGAACUGUAUCCGAGAAGAACAUCUAUGCCGAUAUCCGUGCUGUUUAUGAUCAUAUCCGCCGAACUCGGCCAAAUAAACAGGUCAGCACUGUGCUAGUACUUGCCGCACUAAAUCGCAGUUCAUCUUUUUUCCUGAUGUCCAGCUGCCAGGGGGAGGCACAAUAG